UUGGCUUGAGGUAAUUAAAGCCAAAUCUGCUGGGCCUAAUGCCAGAAGAAAGCGUGAUGUAACAAAUCUAGAAUAUACUGUGGGUAGUGAAAAUUGUGCAAGUGUCAACACAGAUGAGUACUGCAAUGGACCACUACACCCAGAUACAAGAUACAUGCUUUUUGCGGUAGCAUGUACAAAUGGAGGAUGUCUAAUAAGCCAGCCAUAUGGGCCUUUUAUUACACUUGCAGUGCCAGAUGAGGACAAUAACCUGAUGAUAAUUGGUAUAGUGGUUGCUGUGGGUGUGGUGGUUCUUAUCGGUGCAGUGGUUGGUUUUAUACUGUUAAGGAGGAGGAAAAGUGGACCUGGCAAAAUGAAACCUGUAUCAGAGAGUGAUGAUGAAGACUUCACUACAAUUGACCCUGCUGUUGCUAAAAUUCAGAGGAAAAGACCUAUCCUUUUGAAUGAGAUAGAAGAAUAUGUAAACAAGAUGCACAAAGACAGCAACCUGCUCUUCUCGGCCGAAUAUGAGGACUUGAAAACGCUGAGUCCUAAGCAUGCAUGUGAGGCAGCUGACAGGGAGGAGAACAGAAUGAGAAACAGAUACAUAAACAUCAUACCGUUUGACCAUACAAGAGUGAAGUUAAGUACAAAUGGAGAGGACGACAGUUCUGACUACAUCAAUGCCAACUACCUUCCUGGGUACAGUUCACCCCGGGAAUAUAUUGGUUGCCAAGGGCCCAUUCCAGGAACAAUUGAUGAUUUCUGGAGAAUGACAUGGGAACAGAAUGUGUCUGUGGUUGUCAUGUUAACACUGUGCAAGGAGGGACAGAAGAUAAAAUGUGAGCAGUACUGGCCAGACGAAGUGGGAGAGCCAAAGCAAUAUGGAGAUGUCAUUGUUGAGAUAACAUCAUACUCCAACAUCCGUACAUAUGACUACAGAAUGUUCAAGAUAACCAAUGGAAGUACAACCCGUGUAGUGAAGCACUUCCAUUUCCUGAGCUGGCUAGAUUUCCAGGCCAAUGUUCACCAUGACAUUAUUCUAGAUUUCAUCGAGCAUGUGAGACAACAUGUCCAGCCUCCUGACACCUCUGGACCUAUGAUAAUACAUUGCAGUGCUGGAGUUGGUCGUACAGGAACGUAUAUCGCGUUAGAUCACCUGAUGCAGUUCAUUAACGAGCAUGACUUUGAUGUCAAUAUUGACAUAUUUGAUCUGGUCCUCAAACUGAGGGAGAACAGACAACACAUGGUGCAAACAGAG